AGGCCCUGAAAGCAUAAGACAGGGUUCAUUUCCAGUCAGAUAAAACCUCAAAGACGGUCCUGCAGUAGUGUCCUCAGUUCAUCUGCUCCAACUGCUCUCCAAACCACAAGAGAGAGAUUCGUCUGUCCAUAACUCAGAGAUGAAGACAGCUGCAGUAGCUGUACUGGGCCUGCUGGGAGCACUAUGUCUAUGCUCAAGGACAGAGGCAACUACUGCCUGGGAUGUUUUACGCAAUUCUGCAGCAAACUUUACAGGGAUUCUGCCCUGCGGUGGCUGGAACUGUGACUGUGAGUUCAGGAAUCCGAAAGGCUGCUGCUGUGUGGCUUCACAGUUGUCCCAGCUGGAGGAGGCCACCUUUAUGCGCAUGGUGGGCUUAUGGACAAACCUGACCGGUCUCACCGGACAAAUUGAUGAAAUCAUAGAUGGACGUAACAUAGCAUUUACUGCUACACUGACACCAACGCCUGGCUGUUUUGGGCCUUUCACAAGAAACGUGUCCAUUCCAUACCAGAACAUUACGCUCAACCAAGGCUAUGGGUAUAAUGGUGCAUUAGGUGCUUUCACAGCUCCUCGCCCCGGUGUUUACUCCUUCAGCUACACUGUGUACUCCAACAUGGGGCCGGCACGUGAGCGCAUCUACUAUAAGACUCAGCUGGUGAAGGAUGGCCAGGUGAUCGCCUCCUCCUGGGAGGACAACCGUGAAGACUCUGAGGACAGCUCCACACAGUCUGUGCUGCUGCCGCUCAGACAAGGCAACCAGGUGUACAUGGAGUUGGUGUCAGGCAGGUAUCUGUGUGCGGACACUCAGAACUACAACACCUUCAGCGGAUACCUGGUCUACCCCCUCCUUGAAAUGUGAGACAGAUCAUCAGAAGAAAACACUUUUUUUAUUCACAGCCCGUGAAAAAUAGAGUUAAAGAAUUGGCCUACAACUGGCCCAAUAUUGUUAAUAGAUUACUUGAACCAACAUGGUGCAGGACGACACAUUAAGUACAUUCAGUUAUGUGGACAAGUUGAUAUGAUAUGGUAACUUGUUCAUUUUCAUACUCAACAACUGAAUGUAUAUUAAAACAAUAUUUUUCAAUCUUUUCAAUACACAGAAUUAACAAAAAUAUCAAAGUACUAGUGUCUAAUCUGUAAUCUGUCUCAUGUUUCCUGAUGGAUUUUAUUCAUAAAUCUAGGAAAGACUAAAUUCCAUGUAUUGUAAAAACAUCUUCUAAUGUUGAUAUUAAAGAUUGCCAUUGCACCAA